CAAGUGGCCGACCCGUAGGUUUUGUUUCCGGAAGAUGUAGGUCUACUAGGAAGGAAAAUAUAUUCGUGUUGACUAGCUUGCCAGCUACCAAAUUUGCGCCGAUUAAAACAGAAACAGUUAUAACCUGUUUGCUCUUACUAAACAUUAACAAAGGUUAAAUUGUAUUGCAUGUAUGUUGGUCGUCGUUAAUAGGCAACAACUCCUAGGAUUGUAUUGCCAAUGACUGUGAUGACGGUUGCCAGUAUGCUAUCGUCGACGCUACUCAAACAAAAGCAAGUCGCUUUCAUUAGCUAGAUAGCUUUUCACGAUUUCUUACAUUAGCUGCUAACGAUGAUCUAUUUGUUCAACUAAGCUUUUUGCGUUAUUUCGGGGAACGCCUAAAGUUAACAAAUCCGCUUGCAAGUUAUCAAUUCAUACGUAUUAAUAGCUAACGUUAGAUGACCAGGUCCACCAAUUGUUUUGUCGAUAUCGCAUUUGUCGAGAAAACUUUCUUAGUGGUGUUGUCGGUCCGUGAGUGUGUAAAAUCAAGAUGAUGUCCGAGGCGAUCGUAACGUUCCAGUCUCAGCUUUCUGGUGUUAUGGAGACGGUGUUCAAAGCUGCCAUGUACGAAAUCACGAGGCUCGUAGAGGACAGCUUCCUCGAGGAGGUGUCCCGCAGUCGGGAACAAGUUGAGUCAUUAAAGAAACGGUUACAGUGGUCCGAGAACCGGCGAAGAGAGAGAGACCGAAGGGGGAAGUGUUCCGACUGUGGGAGGGCGCCUGCAUCUGGCGAGGAAGAAGAGGAGCGAUCAUCAAGCAAACAGACCGGGACGGAGGUAGGGCGCGGUUUGAAGCUGGAGCGGGUGCAGGGUGAAGAGUGGACCAGCUGCGGCGGUGAUGACCGUCACCAGGAGGCACAGCCUGGGACCACCAGUCCAGUCAGAAGCCCGGAGUCUGCAGAUGUUGUGAAUCAGAAGCUGGAUAGAUUGUUGAAAGAAGAGGCUCUCAACAUCACACCGGAUAACGCAGAGCUUCAUGACAGAUGGGGCGUCUGUCUGGAUGGCGCAGAAGAGUCAGACCUGUCCAGGCCCAGUAAGAGUUUCAGUGACCAGGACCUCCAUCAGUGUCCGGAGGACUGGGCUCCGGGCCUAGACCAGGGCCGGGACCCAGGCCCGGACGAAGACCCGAACACAGACCCUUCAGACUCCAUGUAUCGGAGCCGCUUCUCCAUGGAGGACCUGGGAGGGUUUGAGAAGUCUGGUUAUGGAGGCUCACAUCUGUUAGACAUGGGGGGGCUGGACGCCCUCCCGGACUCCCCCCCACGCCAGGGGGGGGGCCUGGGAUAUGGAGCCGUGGGUCACUUCCAGGGGGACCCUCGGGGUUCGGAGGGGGCCGAACAUCGACAUCAUGUGAGCCAUCGGAGUAAAAGUGGCGGGGGAGCAAUGGGCUCCCCCUCUGGGUCCCCGGCCGAGCAGGGCAACCAAGACGUGGGCGACCUGAACUGUCUGUUGAUCAACGAGGAGGGCUACCUCCAGGACCCCAGCGUGCUGUACCCAGGCCACGGGGCGCCUGAGGCGGGCAGCAGGGCCGGUCAGCGGGGCCACCCUGGAGCUUCUGGGUUGGACAACGCCGAGGGCCUCUUCGGCCCCCCCGACGCCUUCCCCAACUCCCUUGGCCUGGGAGACCGCCUCCAGUACCAGGGAGGGGGGCGAGGGUUGAGGAAGCACAUCUGCAACCAGUGCUCCAUGGUCUUCCAGGACUCAGGUUCCCUCAGGACCCACAAGCUGACACACAAACCGGGCCAGGGGCCACCUCAGUACUCUUGCAACCAGUGUGGAAAGGUCUUCAACCAGGCCUGCAACCUGAGGGUGCACCAGCGGAUACACACCGCCCAAGGGCUCCACCUCUGCAGCCACUGCGGCAAAGGCUUCUCCACCUUCGCCGACCUGAAGAGGCACAAGUGCGGCCAGACAGUGGAUAAGCCCUACAGCUGCUCCGUGUGCGGGAACAAGUUCAGCCGUCUGUGGAACCUCAAGCUCCACCGGCGCAUCCACACCCAGGAGAAACCCCACCGCUGCACCAUGUGUGACAAGAGCUUCACGCGGGCGGACAUUUUGAAGGUCCACCAGCGCACCCACACGGGAGAGAGACCCUACUGCUGCAGUAUCUGUGGACUGAGUUUCAAACGCCUGGAUCACUUGAAGUCUCAUCAGCGCAAGCACAGGCCGGAUAUGCAGAAUUUGUGUGUUUUUUACUUCUAUCCACAUCAAGUGACUAGACAGCAUGUAAUAAAUAGUUCCAGGAUUUAUUUGAGUCAACAGUUGACUGUACAGCCUAGAUUCUACAGUGAAUUAAUUGAAAGUAACAACACACACACUAUGUCGGAGACCUUGAUCCUGGCAUUUCAGUCCCAGCUGUCUAUCGUCAUGGAGACGGUUAUGAAGACCGCCGUGUACGAGGUGACCAGGUUGGUCGAGGAAGGAUUUCUGGAGGAAGUGAGGCGCAGGAAGCAGGAAGUGGAGUUGCUGAGGCUGAGGUUGGAGUGGGCAGAGAGGAAGUUGAAGGGGGUGUCGCAGAGGGCGAAAUGUGCAGACUGUGGCAAGACUGGGCUGCCCAAUGAGGAACUUGAGGACAUAACAUCAGCAGUUCUCCUCAGUGACCUUGAAGUGUGUGGUCUGAAACAGGAAGAGGAGGAGUCUGAAAGCAGGUGGGGAAGCUGUGAGCAGGAAUCCGAGUCGCCAGAGGAAACAGUCAAAGUCUGGCAGACUGCCAGCCCUCUCAAGGAGUCACUGACGAGAGAGGAGGAACUGAAGGAGGAGGAUGACGUCGCCCGCAGUUCCAGCGCCGGUCACCAUAGAGACACCCCGGAGCCUGAGCCCCCCCUCCAGGAGCGUGAGGAGGAGUGGAGCCCCGCCGUCAAACAGGACCCACAGCCCUCUCCCUCCCCCCCCCAAUCAGACGCACUCACGCUGGGCGCCGCGGCAGAGACCCUGGGGUUACCCUCCGCCGAGCUGCUCCAGGCAGCGGAACACACGCGUGUCUCUCAGGCCCUCCGGUUUGCCGACUCGACCCAGAACGCGGGAAGGACCAGGCGGGGGUCCGGGGCGGCCUGCGAGUGGAGGAGGAGCGCCGGAGGGUCACCUCCGUGGACGGGCCCCAGCGGACAGGGAGGCUCUGGGGAUGAGAGAGACGACGAGCUGCUGGUCAGAGAUCAGCUGUUUUCCUCCGUGUCUCCCCGGCUGAGCAGCCCUGAGCUGACAGCUCUUUCCAUCAAGCAGGAAGUGAUUGUGGAGGAGGAAGACGGGAAGGGGGCCUUUUCGCAGCUCAGUGUCAGACCUGUGGUUAGUCUAAACCACGUUACCCAGAAGCCACCUGGCGGAGGUGGGAUGAGACGACUCGGGCCUCACUCCAAACCGGAUGCCGGCCUCGGAUUUCCACGCCCAACACAGCAGCCAAUCAGAACCCACCCUCGUUUUUCCUCACCCAAGAUCAACGCGGCAUCUGCAAACCCCGCCCCCCAAAUUGCGACGCCACAGCACAGAAACCCCCAGGUAUCCCUGCCUCCCCAGAGACACCCACAAGGCGACAAACGACCUGGGGCUGUCAGCCUCACGAGAAACAACCAGUGGGUCAGCAUCAAGACCCAACACCCCCUCCACCAGCACCUCCUCCAGGGAGGGCCUCAACCCCACCACCCCCACCCCAGCAAGGUCCCCUUGCGCUGCGGCCAGUGCGGGAGGAACUUCCCCCACCCCAGCAACCUGCGGGCCCACCUCCAGACCCACAGCGGGGAGAGGCCCUUCUCCUGUUCCCUCUGCGGCCGGAGCUUCACCAAGCUGAGCAACCUGAAGGCCCAUCGCAGGGUCCACACCGGGGAGAGACCCUACUGCUGCCAAGCCUGCGGCAAGCGCUUCACCCAGAAGUGCAACCUCAAACGCCACCAGAGGAUCCACCUGGAGCACGGUCUGUGAUCAGGUGGAUCCUGGAUCCUCUGGUCUGGUGUACUAUAGGAGGACACACGCGCGCGUGCACACUCGGUGCACACGUCGAGUUAGGACGAUAGCCGGCUUUGUUUUAACCCUCCGCUGUAGCUAGGAAAAUACUGUGUGUAUGGAACAGGUGUAUUGCCAUGCGUUAGUAGACAUAUGUGUAUGCAGUUUGGUAGCGUGGAAUUUUACAGCUCUCCUAGAAAAAUGAGUUACAUGCUGACCUAUGCUGAAUAUAUUAAGGUUUGGUCAAGAUGAUAGAUUACUCAAAAGCGUAUUUUGAGGCAAAUAAAUGACUCAUGGACAACAGCAUGAGGGUUAGACCAACACAGGGUCAGACUGGGCACUGAAAUUCUUUAUCUGAAUGCAUUCAUUGUACUGACUUCUUUGUCUCAACUUCGGUAUAUUUAACUUGGUCAAUGAGCAUAAUAGCAUUCCAGGUAUCAUGUCUAGUGAACGGAGGACUCUUAGGUCUGUGUUGAUGUUUCCGGUUUGAGUCGAAACCUGUGUUUUAUUUCCCCUAGUGAUGCACUCAUAGAAAAUAGCUGAUGUGUGUGUGAAACGUGUGUGCUCUGAAAACACUGUACUAUUACUGAGACUUUGAAAUACCAUAACUGAUGUGAUCUUAUUUUAUAUAUGGAAAUAUGAAUAAAGAAUUAGCAUAUUCAAUCUAUUACAUUUUCUAGAAAUGCUGUUUCCCAUUGUAUGAGGCCCUCGUCAACCAAGAGACCAAAAAUAAUCCAAGGUGAUGUAUUUUUAUUUUGUAGUUUACCGCCAAAUCAUCCUGCAUCCUGCAGGUAUUGGGGCGAUCGCUAAAGGAUCUUUUAUUAUAUUAGAUGAUGUUACUAUUCGAUUUUCUCCAGAAAGGCACAUAUUUUUUACCUUCCCUCAGGCACAGAAACACGGCAUUUGGAAGGCUUCGAUGUUCUGACACUGUAAACGGCAGUACGAGCAGCGGAUCCAUGACAUUGAGUACCUCACUGAUGAUCUGGUCAUGCUUUCCCAACAACUCGCCGUGUUCGAUCAGAUGACAGUGGAUAACCGUAACUGCAGAGAAAUAGAACAGAAGGUGAAACUGGUGGGGAGCACUGAGUACCUGGGAGACAGGUAACUCCAGCGCCCUGGCUGUCUGCAUCUCUGGAGGCUACAGUACCAUCCAUAACCUAUUCCUCUGCAGUAGUGGUUGGCUCAAACUUGAAAACCGUCACCAACGGCAACUCCCUCACUGAGACCAUCUCUCUCACCAUGUCCCUGCCGGCCGCUCCUGUGUGGUGAAGUUGGUAGCGAAGAAUAAAGAGUUCAAGAUCCCGUACAAAGCGCAACUCUCCAAGGAGUUUAAUUACGGGAGAGUCCAUUCCGUCACAGUGUCUGGGAUGUACAAAGGUGUACAGGUGCGGGAGGUUGCAGAACGCUGCACUCCCCAAGCCCUGAAAAACCUGAAACAGACCACUAGCUAAUCCUAAAUCUGAUGUUUAGCAAACUAAGAUUCACAGGAAAUAGCAUUUGAUGACUACUCUUGUGUUGAAUAUUGAACCUAUU